AUGAUCGGUAUAGCUUUUAUACUGGGUACGACAUUGAUGUUCUUCGGUCUCACUGCUUCCGUCGCCUGUUUCGCCUUCAAUGUCCCAUUCCUAUACACUGUAUAUGCAGCAUGCGGCGCAUUACUUUCAAUGCUCUACUUAGCGAUCGAUGUCCAGAUGUUGAUGGGUGGACGAAUGUUCGAAAUUUCCGCUGAAGAAUACGUAUUUGCUGCAAUGCAAAUAUUUCUCGACAUUCUCAACAUUUUCCUGUUUAUUUUGCAAAUCUUUGGUAAAAAUUGA